AUGAGGCAACAUUUUCUGGCCUCUCUCAUAUCAUUUUGGAGUAUUAUGAUAAUUGGGACCUUGGGAGGGUCCGACGAAUGGGGUAAAAACAGGCAAGAUCUCAUUGACACCGGGGCAUGCCUGCUUCAGCUGCAAACAAACGCAAGCCAUCAACUCUAUGAAGCACUGAGAGGACGUCGAGAUACUCGCCAGGAUGAGAAGGCAAGAGCUUGUAACAACGGCCACGACUGUGACGACUAUCGAAUUGAUGACCGUGGGAAAAAGAAUCAUCGCCUAUGUACGCCGAGUACAUUAACUAUUCGGAAGGAAUGGCGGUUCUUGUCCAAAGCAGAAAGGAGGAAAUACAUUGAAGCUGUGUAUUGUCUUCAAUCCAAGCCAUCAUUGUUUACGGAGGAAGAAGCACCAGGCUCCAAAAAUCUUUUUGACUCGUUCGCUGUCGUUCAUAUUACCAAAACCCCAUUCAUCCACGGAAAUUUCAACUUCCUCGCCUGGCAUCGGUACUUCGUCUGGGCAUAUGAGAAGGCUCUUAGGGAGGAAUGUGGAUAUCAUGGGAUUAGCCCUUAUUGGGAGUGGGGAUACGACGUCUAUGAUCCGCAAAAAUCUGCUCUCUUUGAUGGCUCGCCUUAUAGUUUUGGGAGUAAUGGUGCUCCAUUGGCAGAACGAGACCCAACGUACCGCCUACCGCCUCCGCCACCAUUUCCAAAAGUAGAGGGUCGCGAGUUUCCAGCUGGAACUGGGGGAGGAUGCGUCACGUUUGGUCCCUUUUCAGACAUGACCACCAAUUUAGGCCCAGUUGGAAUGCCCGGGGGCGACCUAACCAAUCCAUUGCGCUACAAUCCCAGAUGUCUGAUGCGCGACAUGAACCCAUUCAUAGGCCAGCACUACACCUCUUUCAACUGGUCGACGUGGACUAUCGAGGAGAGCAGGGACAUUGAUGAGUUUCAAUCUCGUCUUGCCGGGGCGCCAGGCAAUGAAGACCAGAAAGAUUUUCCGCUGAACUUCUUCGGGGUGCAUGGCGGUGGGCACACGUUUUUGGGUGGGAUGACUGGACAACACUCAGACUUUUAUUCUAGCCCUCAAGAACCAGCGUUUUUCCUGCAUCACGGCCAAAUUGACCGCCUCUGGUCGAUCUGGCAGUGGUUAGAUAUCGAGAAACGACGGAAUGCAAUCUAUGGAACACUUACACUCGCCAAUAUACCUCCUACCAGGAAUGGAACUUUGGACGACAUCAUCGAUGUGGGACCACUUGCACCGCCAGUGCCUGUACGAGAGGUUAUGAGCACAAUCGAUGGGCCGUUUUGCUACUUUUAUCAAUAA